AUGGACUUCUCGGACGACUUCCUGUUGACGGAGCUGAGCCACCUGCAGCUGUACAACGACUCGCUCUUCCACAGCAACCUGAGCAGCCCCUACAACGAGACGGACAUGCUGCUGCCCACGAGCGUCAAGGUGACCAUCGUGGUGGUCUACAUGAUCGUCUGCGUCAUCGGCCUGGUCGGCAACUUCCUGGUUAUGUACGUCAUCAUCAGAUACACCAAGAUGAAGACAGCUACUAACAUCUACAUCUUUAACCUGGCACUGGCCGAUUCCCUGUUUCUGGCAACGCUCCCUUUCCAGGGCACAGACGUUUUCCUCGGAUUCUGGCCUUUCGGGAACACUCUGUGCAAAGCGGUGGUGUCCAUAGACUAUUACAACAUGUUCACCAGCACCUUCACCCUCACCGUGAUGAGCAUGGACCGCUACGUGGCCGUGUGUCACCCCGUCAAAGCCCUGGACAUGCGGACGCCACACAAGGCCAAGGUGGUGAACAUCUGCGUGUGGGUGCUGGCCUCGGCCUUUGGAGUUCCUGCCAUGGUUAUGGGCAACGUGGAGGUGGAGCACAACGGUGAGUAUGUGGAGUGCAUCGUGGUGACGCCUGAGCCGAGGAAUUACUGGGACACCGUAUUUGGGACCUGUGUCUUCAUGUUCUCCUUCCUCAUCCCUGUGGCCAUCAUCAGCAUCUGCUACAGCCUGAUGGUCAAACGGCUGCGCAGCGUCAGGAUCCUGUCAGGCUCCAAGGAGAAGGACCGUAACCUGCGGCGCAUCACGCGAAUGGUGCUGGUGGUGGUGGCGGCCUUCGUGGUGUGCUGGACCCCCGUCCAGAUCAUGGUCUUGGCUCAGUCGCUGGGCUUCAACCUGAGCAGCCACUUCACACUGGUGCUCAUGCACUUCUGCAUCGCUCUGGGCUACGUCAACAGCAGUCUGAAUCCAGUCCUGUACGCUUUCCUGGAUGAGAACUUCAAACGCUGCUUCAGGGAGUUUUGCCACCCCUCGCCCUUCCGCCUGGACACCCAGCAGUCUGGCCGCAUGAGGAGCAUCGCCCGGGAGGUGGCCAAUGCCUACAGCUGCAAAGGCGGAGACGGCGGCGGGCCUGGGGGAGGGACGCCUAAUCCCGCAUGA